AUGGAGUACGAGGACGUCAGGUUUUUGGAUCCUGCAACAGGUGCGGUGAAACCCACCAAAUUUCCUUUCAUAUAUCCCGACACGCUUGCUUGCAGCAUUUGGCAUCUGGGAGAGGAGUACUUCAGAUAUUUCUUUCUUGGAAAUCAGGAUGCCGGGGCGUUUUGGCAGCAUGUGGCUGGAACUUCCUGGGCCAAACCAGCAUUGGAAGCUUUGCCUGCAGGGAUCGACCGAGGGAAACUGAUUCCUGUCAGUUUUUACGGCGACGACGUGCACACGUACAAAGCCACAGAAUGCGGGGUCAUCUCCAUCCUCGCAUGGACGACGGACUACCUAACUGCAAUGCAUCCGUCGUUCCACAGGUACUUUCUCAUUGCGGGCUUCAGCGAGUACCUACAGUGUGUGCACACGUGGCCUGACAUCAUGGAACGAUUGGUGGAACGGUUCACUCGGCUGGUGAGCGAUGCAAACUGGCCAUGGUGCGCCAAAGGGUACAAGUUCCAUAUGUCCUCGUGCACAGGCGAUCUUAAGUGGAUCAAGGAGCGCUUCCAGGUCUUCGACUACAACGCAAACGACUUUUGUGCCUAUUGCAGCGCUCGCAAGAUAGACCCAGACUGCCCCAGCAACACUCUUUCUGAUUUUCGCGAAACAGCGGCGCACCGACGUCACCGCUUUGGACAUGAUGAUUUUUUGGCUACGACGCCAGCAGCUGAAAGCAUCCUGCCUGACACCCGAUCUUUUCCAUACCUGGCUUCAGAUAUGAGCGGUUUCAGCACGACCCUCUCCAUGGGCAGUAGCAUGCUCGUUUACCUGUGCGAACGUGGCUUCUUUGGUCCCAUGACUGGUGACUAUGAGAAAGCGUUGGCCGCUGGACUCAGCGCUGCAUACAAAUCUUUCAUGGCGUGGAACAAACAGCAUGGCCAAUCUGUUUUGCAUCCACGGUUCACGCCGGCGAGACUUUGCCGCAAAGGGAGGACGCAGUUCCCUUGCUUGAACGCAAAGGGAGCGGCCUCGAAGCGAAUUUCGUUUUGGCUGGCGGCUGUGGGCACAGAGUUUGCGUCCCGGCCAGGCGCUACUUUGCUUGACAAAACGUGCGCAACAUGUAUGGUUAGCUAUGUGGAAUUCUUGAGAACUUUGGAUGCCGCAGACUUGCUGCUGGACGCGAGGACGGCGAAGAAGGCCUACGACUUGGGAACGCUUCACCUGAACACGUACAGCUCUCUUCGGCAGCUCAGUUCCCGAACUUUUGGCUACAAAGCCGUCAAUCGCAGCUGCUGGGCCUUGCUUCCGAAACACCACUACUUUCUCCACAUGUGCACGGACACCAUCAUGCGCGAUGGCCUCAAUCCACGAUUUCAGACCCUGUUUGCCGGUGAGUCCUUCAUCGGAGAAGUAGGCCGCAUCGCCAGGGCGCCCUUGAGCAUCGAUGAUCCCAUCGCCUACCACUUUGCAGAAGGUGCACUGGUGAUGCUUUGGCUGGGCACGUUGUGGAAUGUGGCCAAGAGAGACCAUGCGCUCAUCAGCACCAUGUUCUACCAUGAGACGUUCACAAGGCCGCAGCGAUUGCAGUGCUUCAUCGCCCUCUUGACGGGCCUGCUGGCAGUCAACGCGGCAGUUCAUAGUCAUCCUGGCACGAUCCAGGAAGCCAAGGAGUUCAUCAUCACCGGCCUACUCUCCGGCUUACUCGUGUUCCCGGUGUUCUGCGGGCUCGUGAUGAUGUUCAACCUUCGCCCGGCGCAGGUGAAGAAGCGGCUGAUCAAGAGGGCUUACUCCACCAAAGAGAUCGACAAGCUCAACGAGCAGCGGCAGCGCUUGGCCAACCAGUCGUCUGCGGCAAAGGGCUUGCAGGUAUACAUGCGGCUAGGGGUGGGGUGGGCUGGAGGUGGGGCGGUGGGUUCUGUGGGUGGCGGUGGGCGCGGAAGAGCCCUCAUGCUGCGUGGCUAG